GCCAUUUCUCUUUCUCCCGCCAGCAGAUGUAGAACUUCCUGCGAGCGCGGCGUUUCCCUCCUCCGCUCCCGCGCGUCCGCGGCCGCCAUGGCGUAUUAGAGGCAGCAGUGCCUGCGGCAGCAUUGGCCUUUGCAACGGCGGCAGCAGCACCAGGCUGCAGCGGCACCCCAACGGCUUCAGCCAUGGCGUCCUUCACGGCCUCCAGCAGCAGCGUUGCUGUAAGCGAUAGAGACACUUUCGAGUCCCGCUCGUUCCUCGAUUCUUGCGAAGCCCCGAAACAUGGCCGACACGAGCUUCCUGAGCAGCGCGGCGUUCGGGGGGGACUGGAUGUCCCUCUUCGACCCGUCGGCUUUGGGGGCUGAAGAAGGUUUCGGCCUCCUCGACGACUACCUGGAGGUGGCCAGGCAUUCCGAACCUCAUGGGUUCCCCGGCGACAAGGCGAAGGCGGGCUCCUCCGAGUGGCUGCUGGUGGACGGGCUGGUGGGCGCGCCCGACGUCGGCCGGGAGGAUGCUUUCUCCGGGACCGACUGGAUGGUGGAGAAGGUGGACCUGAAGGAGUUCGACCUGGACGCUCUGCUGGGUUUCGAUGACGAGUUCUUGGCCACGCUGGACGGCACGUGCGAUCCUUUCGACUCCCUCGUCCAGGAGUCGGAUCAGGACCCCCCUCCGGCCGCGAGCCCGAUUGGCCCCCUCCCGGAGAGCGUCCCUGGGGUCGAGCCGGUGGCCCCCCUGACCUUCCUGCAGCCCCUCGCUCUCUCCCCGGGGGCCGUGCCCUUCGCCCAGGAGCAUUCCUUCAGCCUGGAGCUGGGCAGCGAAGUGGACAUCGAGGGGGACCGGAGGGCGGAGCCGGCGGCCUGCCCCGCCGCGAGCGUGAAGGAGGAGGACGACUCCUCGGACAGCGACAGCGGCGUCUGCAUGAGCCCCGGCUCCUCCCCGGGCUCCCCCCAGCGCAGCCCCUCCGCCUCGGGCUCCCCGGGCGCCGGCCGCGCCUCCGCCCGCCCCAAGCCCUACGACCCCCCCGCGGAGAAGGCGGUGGCCGCGAAGGUCAAGGGCGAGAAGCUGGAUAAGAAGCUGAAGAAAAUGGAGCAGAACAAGACGGCCGCCACCAGGUACCGGCAGAAGAAGAGGGCGGAGCAGGAGGCGCUCACCGGCGAGUGCAAGGAGCUGGAGCAGAAGAACGAGGCGCUGAAGGAGCGCGCGGACGCGCUGGCCAAGGAGAUCCAGUACCUGAAGGAUCUGAUCGAGGAGGUCCGCCGGGCGCGGGGCCGCCGGAGGGCCCCAUAGGGGCCGCGGGCGCUGGCGGGGAAUAAAUUAUUUUGUAGGGA